AUCCACUUUGCAUCAUUAAGGUCACACUCACACACACCUUCAUUCUUCCACAUUCUUCAAAUCACCACUACAAUCUCAAAAACCUCAUCAAUCACAACCAUGGGUUCAACAGGUGAAACUCAAAUAACACCAACUCACAUAUCAGAUGAAGAAGCAAACCUCUUCGCCAUGCAACUAGCAAGUGCCUCAGUUCUUCCCAUGGUUUUAAAAUCAGCUCUUGAACUUGAUCUCUUAGAAAUCAUUGCUAAAGCUGGACCUGGUGCUCAAAUUUCACCUAUUGAAAUUGCUUCUCAGCUCCCAACAACUAACCCUGAAGCACCGGUUAUGCUGGACCGUAUCUUGCGUCUAUUGGCUUGUUACAAUAUCCUCACUUGUUCUGUUCGUACUCAACAAGAUGGAAAGGUUCAGAGACUUUAUGGUUUGGCUACUGUUGCUAAGUAUUUGGUUAAGAAUGAAGAUGGUGUAUCCAUUUCUGCUCUUAACCUCAUGAAUCAGGAUAAAGUUCUCAUGGAAAGCUGGUACCACCUAAAAGAUGCAGUCCUUGAUGGGGGCAUUCCAUUCAACAAGGCUUAUGGAAUGACAGCCUUUGAAUACCAUGGAACAGAUCCAAGGUUUAACAAGGUUUUCAACAAGGGGAUGUCUGAUCACUCUACCAUCACAAUGAAGAAAAUUCUUGAGACCUACACAGGUUUUGAAGGCCUUAAAUCUCUUGUUGAUGUAGGUGGUGGUACUGGAGCUGUAAUUAACACGAUUGUCUCAAAAUAUCCCACCAUUAAGGGUAUUAAUUUUGAUUUACCCCAUGUCAUUGAAGAUGCUCCAUCUUAUCCAGGAGUUGAGCAUGUUGGUGGAGACAUGUUUGUCAGUAUUCCAAAGGCUGAUGCUGUUUUUAUGAAGUGGAUUUGUCAUGACUGGAGUGAUGAGCACUGCUUGAAAUUUUUGAAGAACUGCUAUGAAGCACUACCAGACAAUGGAAAAGUGAUUGUGGCAGAAUGCAUACUUCCAGUGGCUCCAGAUUCAAGCCUGGCCACAAAAGGUGUGGUUCACAUUGAUGCAAUCAUGUUGGCUCAUAAUCCAGGUGGGAAAGAGAGAACACAGAAAGAGUUUGAGGAUCUUGCCAAAGGUGCUGGAUUCCAAGGUUUCAAAGUUCAUUGUAAUGCUUUCAACACAUACAUCAUGGAAUUUCUUAAGAAGGUUUAAGUUCUUUGGCGUGUUGCAUCUGAGUUUUGAUAUUGAGAUUGUGGUUGUGCUUCUACUUACCUAAGUUUUCCCCAUAAAAAUAUGUGAUUUCAACUUCUAUUCGGUAGGAAAAUAAUAAUGAGAAAGUUCAUUGUAAUAUUGCCUAUAUCAAAUAACAUUGUUUCAUAUUGUGGAAUUGGAUUGUACUUCUAUGUCUUCUCUUUAA